UUUCAUGCCGAUGCGCGUCGGCCUGUGCGCUGCUCCGCGACCCGCGUGUGUGUGAAUGUGUGUGUGCGUUCCGUAUUUAAUUUAUACAUGAUACGCGGAGAGAUCUCGGUCCCUCACGAGCGGUGGUACGAUUCUCUCUAUCAUAAUAGCAAAAGUGCAUAUUAACGUUUCAAUACAACGGGUAAGGCUAAUAAUGCCGCUGCAAGUUCACGACGUUCAGCAAAAUGUCGUGGAGCCAAUGCAGGUUGAUGCUCCUACAGAGGAUAAUGAUAAUGCUGAGGAAGAACCGUAUAUAGUAGAAAAUCCGACGUUGGACCUGGAGGUGUACGCCAACAGCUACACUGGACUCGCGAAACUACACAGGCUUAUAUACAUCGCCGACCAUUGUCCGUCGUUACGAAUAGAAGCGCUGAAGAUGGCGAUCACUUAUGUGAUGACCACGUACAACGUCGGUCUCUACAUGAUGCUGCACAAGAAGCUUGUGGAGGCGAUGGGCUACACCCCUGGAUUGCCGGAUAUAGCGGCGCAGUCGACCUCGCAGGACAUGCCAACGAUGGAUCAGACGUGGGUGGAGACUCGGUCGAAGAAGGCCGCCCUUAAAUUGGAGAAGUUCGAUACCGAUCUGAAAAAUUACAAGAGCAACUCCAUUAAGGAGAGCAUACGAAGGGGCCACGACGAUCUGGGGGAUCACUAUCUGAAUUGCGGCGAUCUCGUUCACGCCUUGAAAUGUUACUCCAGAGCGCGGGAUUACUGUACCAGCGGCAAGCACGUUGUGAACAUGUGUUUGAACGUGAUCAAAGUUUCCGUUUAUCUGCAAAACUGGUCCCACGUACUUAGUUAUGUCACCAAGGCCGAGAGUACACCAGACUUUCCGGAGCUGCACGGUAAAGACAACAAUCAGGCGAUAGUCACCAAGUUGAAAGUGGCGGCGGGCCUGGCCGAGCUUGCGACAAGAAAGUAUAAAAUGGCCGCGAAACAUUUUCUACAGGCAUCCUUAGACCAUUGCGACUGCCCCGAGCUACUGUCGCCUGGAAACGUGGCUCUCUACGGAGGGCUCUGUGCUCUAGCCACCUUCGACAGACACGAGUUGCAAAAACAAGUUAUAUUUAGUAGUUCCUUCAAAUUAUUCCUAGAAUUAGAGCCGCAACUUCGGGAUAUAAUUUUCAAAUUUUACGAAUCCAAAUACGCAUCCUGUUUGAAACUGCUCGAUGAGAUCAAGGAUAAUAUCCUCCUGGACAUGUACAUAGCGCCUCACGUGAACCUGUUGUAUACGCAAAUUCGAAAUAGGGCCUUGAUACAAUACUUUAGUCCUUACCUGAGCGCGGACAUGAGACGAAUGGCAACCGCAUUUAAUAGAACUGUAUCCGAAUUGGAAGACGAGCUCAUGCAACUUAUUCUCGACGGUCAGAUACAGGCUCGUAUAGAUUCGCACAACAAGAUUUUAUAUGCAAAGGACGUCGAUCAACGUAGCACUACUUUUGAGAAGUCUAUGAGCGUUGGAAAAGAUUAUCAGAGGCGUACUCGUAUGUUGAUCUUAAGAGCUGCGAUGUUAAAACAGCAUAUUCACGUAAAGAGUCCUCAGCGCGACAGUACACAAGGGGGUGAAAUGUCAGUAGCACCUGGGAACGGUACUUUAGCGGUAAAAAAUUGAAAUUGCAUGCGCGUUGACAUCUCGCUCGGGAAGAAGCAAAUUUAUAUGCGUGUCUCUCUCUUUCAACUGCCACGUCCAUCUAGGUAUAAAAUAAGAUUUUCACUAUCACAUUCGACAUUGUGUUAUUUCUGCAAAGUCAAUGACCUGUACCUCAUUUUCAACAAUAUAAUAUAUGGCAUAUGUAUAUAUAUAUAUAUAUUAUUGCUACGUUGCGUUGUUUGAAAAGAACAAAGUGACUUUAUCUCCUUGAUGAUUAACGAUUAUAGAAUCUUUAAAAAAAAAAGGAAAGUGUGUAACAUAGAUUAACUUCCCGAUUAAUUAACAUGAUGUGGUCUCUUUUGUAACAAAAUUAUAUUGAAAAACCGUAAAUCUUAAGUUCCUCUGUAUACAAGCGAUGUGAAUAAACCUAAGACUUUAACAUACUCUACUGGAAUUUUUAGGAUAAUUAUAAAUAAAUUCAUUGCAUUAUA